AACACUGUUUGUACUCAGUUAUAAUGUUUAACUGGAUACUAACUUUAACAAAAAUAUGUUUAUAAAUUUUUGGAACCAAUUUAUAUUAAAUUUUCAGAACUCGCAAUUUAACGAUUUCUGCAAAAUCGUACACAAACAAAGAUGUUGUAGGUCAAACGUGACCAAAAAUGAAAAUUUUUGAAAAUUUAGAAAAUUUACUGUUGAUUUAUUAACCUCAAAGAAAAAAUAAGUGUAAAUUACAACCAGCCGGAACUUUGUAGAAAAUGUUGGAUAAACGGAAAUCGACUUGUGAUCAAACACCUGAGACUUUACAGUGUAAACUUUGUAAUUUCAAAAUAGAAUUCAAGAUUAUUUUGCAUUACCACGUCAAAAACUUACACAAGAAUUUGCAUAAAAAUAAAGAGACUCGUAAGGAAAUUGUAAAAUAUAAAUGCAACAAGUGUAAUUUUGCAACCUAUUCAAUAUUACUUUGGUACAAACUUAAUGUUAGAAAAAACGUGGAAAUUAAAGAAUUUACUAAAGUCUACACAUAUGAGUACACUUAUUGUCCAUUCAAAACCGUUCAAAAGGUCACAUUAAAAUAUCACAUUAUUAGCAGGCACACACCUUAUGAAGAAAUAAAAUGGUUGCAUUGUUCCCAAUGUGUCUUUAAAACGAAAUCAAAAUCUUCAUUAUUAAAGCACACUAGUGUAAUACACGAAAACACUGAUGAUCUUCGAUCGUUGAGCUGUGAUCUGUGCAACUACAGAACACAACAAAAGAAGAAUUUAAAAAGACACAAAAAUUACAAUCAUUCAUCUCCCCAAGAUACAGUCUGGCUUAACUGUACGAAAUGUGAAUACAAAACGAAACAUCGAGUAAAAUGGUUGCAUUGUCCGAAAUAUUUGAAAAAAGUCAAGACUGAAGAAUUGUAUGAAUAUACAGAAUGUAGCUUCAAAAGUGGACACACAAUUGUUUUGAAAUGCCACAUGAUACGACAACAUGCAACCCCGCAUGAUGCAGAGUGGUACAAUUGUGCCCAUUGCAGUUACCGUUCCAAAACAAGAUCAAAUACAUUGUCACACAUUCGAUUAAAACAUACAAAAGAGACACCAGAAAAUCAAACUGGCACCUAUUUCACUUGCAAUUUCUGUUUUUUUUCGAACAUUCUACUCUCAUGA